UGCGUGGACAACAAACAUUAUUUGAUAUUUAAUUGUCGGGUAUAGAACAAGUCAAUAUUAAGUAGACUUUGAAGAAUUGUGUUGUUACAUAGUUAUUACAAGAGAUAUGAAAAUUAAAACGCUUCUUUGUGUGAUAUUCUGUUCUUGGAUAGGACUGGUUGAAGCAGAAGAGAAGCUAGAACUUAGAUCCGUUCUUCUACAGAUACUAAACAAAGUGAAGACAGAUGCACAAGCAGGUACUCUGACUGGAAUCGGCCUAGUCACUUCACCAAAUGAAAAAUCGUCUGAUCGAGAUAAUGAAAUACCGGAACAAUUCAGCAGCAAUUAUGACGCGUCUGAUGAGCUUGACAAUGACCAAAAAGGCAUAAUUAAAGAGGCGAUUGAAGAAAUAAACGCUGAUAUAAGCAAACUUAAAGCAAAAUACAUAAUUGAGCUGGACAAUAUUGCUUAUAACGAGACCGAUUACAUCGUUCAGAAUUCUGAAAACGAUGACAACAGGGUACAUAAACACAGCGAAAAAGACAAAGAACAGGAAUAUGACAGUCUAAUCAGAAAAAUGAAUGACGCUGCAAAAAAUCUUUUACUGAUGCGUAUAAAACUUGCAACCGAUUUUGGAAUUACUGAUGACGACAUGCGACUUUACUCCAAUGAAGCUAGUAAAAUAACGAAAACACAAAACGAAAAGUUAUCACUAAAAGAGUCUGCAGCACAUUUGCUUAUGAAGAUCUUUGCUGAUAUUGAAUCAGACAAAGAAAAUGAUGCUGAAGUUCUACAAGAGAACGGACAGAAACUGGAACAAACAGAAGACGAACUGAAACUUAUUCUUCUAAAUGCUCUGAAAAAGGGAAAUCAGAAUGUACUCACAAAAACAGGAAACAAUGGUAAUAUUAAGACAAGAUUAGAUUCGCCGGACCAACAAGUUGGAGGAGAUUUCAUGGAGACAUCGUUACAAGAUAGAAAUUACCACAGCAAACAUUGUUCGGGCUUCACAAGACCUUGUGGUGGUUGGUCUCCAAUGUGCUGCGAAUUAGGUGUCGUAAAGAAGAAGAAGAUUCGCCUGUGCUGUAGCUUCAUUAAAGGUAGCAUGAAAAGUAUUGAUGACUUAUCGGGAAUUUGUCUUCCGAAUCCGUUUGGAAAUCAGGAAUGUGCGAACUAAACAGAAACAAUAAGACAUACAUUAAAAUUUUGUAGAUAGCUAGAUCUACACGAUAAACUUGUGUGUAUUGUACAGUUCUGAUAUUUCAUUUUAUGUUUUCAGUGUUGCGUUAACAGAACAGUUUAUACGAUAUAUCAUAUUAGAGUAUUGCCAUAAGUUUUCGACGAAAAUUAUCCGGAUGCUAAAUUUCAAUAAUGGACUAGUCCAUCUUCCAUUUUGGGCAGUACCAUUUAUCAUUUAAAGAGGUGUUUAUUGAAAGUUUACUGCCUGAAUAGCGAACCGUGCAGACCAUGAUCAGACUGCACGGAUGUAUAGGCUGAUCUUGGUUUACACUGGUCGCAAAGGCAGAAUCAAUCGUGUCCGGCAUGAUAAGGGUUAAAAUGAUACAUUUUUAAUAAUUUAUAGACGUUGUUAUUUGCUUGAUGUUGUGAUGUACAUCUCAAGACCGGGAUAUUUAAGAUCUUUUGUUUGGGCAGAUAUAGUACUUUGAAAAGCAAAACUACUACUUUUUUCAUUAUUCCUGCAGCAAAGUCUUUAUGUUUCAAGAACUAAAUAUAUCAUCCAAAAGCUUUUCAGUAGGAACAUGUUCAAUUUUGAGGAAGUAUUUAUAUCGCUUUAAAUCUGUAGCUUAAAGUGUAUCUUUCGUAGAAAAUGUCCCGGUCCAUAAAAUUUGUAAAUAAUGUUUGGAUCGGUAUUAGUUUUUAAGAAGCAUAUUCCUUUUAUGCUACAUAAUAUACAACGUAAUUUUUAUGACUAUUUACUUAAACAUAAACUCAUAUUAUAACAAUAUGUUAUAGAAACUUCUAAAUUAAAAAAAAAAAAAAAAAAGCAGACUUGUUGAAAUUUACAAUGACAGAAUUCCAAUCAAAAUGGAUUUUAUAUGCUCAUCUUAAACAUAAUCGAUGUACUUAGGAAAUAUUCUGUCAUGAAAUUUUGUGUUCUUUAGAGCGCUGAACAUCGCCAAUAUUUUCUUGGAAUAUUGAAAAAUAGUGUUGUGAUAUCGCAAAUACGACAUGGACAGAUUCAGUCAAACCGAGUCUGCUAUUAUUCGUCUUGGUUGCAUUGUUUGCUUCAAGGGAUUUUUUGUUCAGAUUUUAUUGGUUAGAUGAACUUUAGAGCAAACUCAGCUUUACUAUUAUCACUCUCAUUAUAUUGUAUUUGAAGACAAUAAUACCUUUCUGGGCCAAAGCAAUAGAAUAUACAUUAAAAAAGGUUUUGACAGAGCUUUGUCACACUGUUUAUAAUUAUAGAAAUACCAUUCGACCCCAAAACACAUUUAUUUCAUGGUCAAACCUAUUACAUGAUUUCUCCAUUGAUUUGUAUCAAGAUAUACAUGAAAUGUACACUGUAAAAAAUUUAUUUGAAUGACUUAGUUUAUUGUGUGACUGUAGUGAUUGGAGCAACAUCUUGGUUGUGUAGUAAAUGAACAUGAUUUUUACCACCAUUAAAGCGUCGUCUAGUUGUGGUAAUAGAUGCAUUAGUUGGACGACCAUUAAACGAUAGAACACUAUUAUCCUUAUACAUCAACUCAUUGGAGUUUUCUAAAACAGCUUUCUUUCAAACGGAAACUGACGUGCGAAAUACUUCUCCCGUCUUGAAAUUCAAAACGUAGAUAUAAGCAAAAUUUCAGGUAUGUUUUUUUUCAGGUAACGUUUCAGAGGUUGAGAAAAAAACUGACGUUUUAAGAUGUGUUAGUGUCAUGUAUGUACUAUUUUUGUUGUAAUCUUAUCAUAAUACAUUUAAUAUUUCUGUACAGAUAUGCUGAUUAAAACUGCUUCUAACCACU